AUGGAGAAAAUCCAAAGAUAUUUACAGCUAGAGAGAUCUCAACCACAUGACUUCCUAUAUCCACUUAUCUUUCAGGAGUAUAUUUAUGGGUUUGCUCAUGAUCAUGGUUUGAGUAGAUCUAUUUUUUCAGAAAAUCGGGGUUAUGGGAAUAAAUCCAGUUUACUAAUUGUGAAACGGUUAAUUAUUCGAAUGUGUCAAUUUCUUAUUUAUCCUAAUGAUUCUAACAAAGAUCCUUUUUUGGCGCGCAACAAGAAUUUAUAUUCUCAAAUUCUAUCCGAGGGGUUUGCUUUGAUUGUGGAAAUUCCAUUUUCUCUACAAUUCAUAUCUUGUCUAGAAGGGAAAAAAAUAGUCAAAUUUCAGAAUUUAGGAUCACUUCAUUCGAUAUUUCCCUUUUUAGAAGACAAUUUUUCACAUUUAUAUCUUCUAUUAGAUAUACAAAUACCCCACUUUGUCCAUGUCGAAAUCUUGGUUCAAGCUCUUUGCUAUUGGUUAAAAGAUGCCUCUUCUUUGCAUUUAUUACGAUUCUUUCUCAACGAGUAUUGUAAUUGGAAUACUCUUCUUAGUAGUAGGCCAAAGAAAGCCGAUUCCUCUUUUUCAAAAAGAAAUCAAAGAUUCUUUUUAUUCUUAUAUAAUUCUCAUGUAUGGGAAUAUGAAUCCAUUUUCUUCUUUUUACGUAACCAAUCUUCUCAUUUCCGAUCGACAUCUUCUGGAGUUUUUUUUGAACGAAUCUAUUUCUAUGGAAAAAUAGAACGUCUUAGGAACCUUUUAGUUAAGGUUAAGAAUUUUCAGGCGAACCUAUGGUUGGUCAAGGAACCUUGCAUGCAUUAUAUUAGGUAUCAAAGAAGAUUCAUCUUGGCUUCAAAAGGAACGUCAGUUUUAAUGAAUAAAUGGAAAUGCUACCUUGUCACUUUUUGGCAAUGGCAUUUUUCGCUGUGGUUUCUUCCAAGAAGGGUUUAUAGAACCCAAUUAUCCAAUCAUUUCUUUGAAUUUUUGGGCUAUCUUUCAAGUGUCAGAAUCAAACCUUCAGUGGUACGGAGCCAAAUUCUUCAAAAUGCAUUUCCAAUCAAUAAUGCUAUUAACCAGUUUGAUACCCGUAUUCAAAUUAGGUCUUUAAUUGAGUCAUUGGCUAAAGCGAAAUUUUGUAACCUAUUAGGGCAUCCUAUCAGUAAGCCGGUUUGGGCUAAUUUACCAGAUUCAAAUAUUAUUGAACGAUUUGUGCGUAUAGGCAGAAAUCUUUCUCAUUAUCAUAGUGGAUCUUCUACAAAAAAGAGUUUGUAUGAAAUAAAAUAUAUACUCCGACUUUCUUGUGCUAGAACUUUGGCUCGGAAACACAAAAGUACUGUACGGGCUUUUUUGAAAAGAUUAGACUCGGAAUUAUUGGAAGAAUUUCUUAGGACGGACGAAGACGUUCUUUUUUUGGCCUUCCCAAAAGCUUCUUCAAUUUUUCGAAGAAUCUAUAGAAGUCGGAUUUGGUUUUUGGAUAUUUUUUGGUCAAUCCCAAAUCAAAAUGGGAUUUCCACUCUUCUGAAAUGUUGA